AUGGUCAUCCAGUUAAUAUAUCUAACUGUAUCGUACAUGCUGCUGAAGGUGCUUCCAAUUGUGUAUCAAUACAUAUAUUCAAAGUGCCGAAGCCAUCAGGUGUGGGAGGGAAUAAGAAGGAAGUAUGUUCUCAUCAACGGUGCAACAGGAAAGGUGGGCCGGGGCUUGGCAAAGAGGUUUGCAGAGAGAGGAAUGAAAGUUCUUCUUGUUGGGAGGAGCGAGUCCAGACUGACAAGGCUGCACGCAAAAAUAGAAAGAAUGACAGAAUGUCACAUGCACAUUGUGGACUAUAAGAGAAGCCCCAAUCUAUCUUUUGUAGACAAGUACGAUAUAGGGAUCCUAAUAAACUGUGCUAGUACCAUAAAGGGUAGCCCUGCAUAUUUUGUGGAGCAAUCCAUCGAAGAUAUUAUGAAUGCCAAUCUUGUCGGCGUGAUGUCCUUGACGAGAUAUGUGCUUAUCAAUAUGAUGGAUUGCGGAUACGGGUAUAUAAUUAACAUCGGGUCUCUGAUGGGAGAGGGAUCGACUCCUCUGUAUUCUGCAUUUGGGUGCUCCAAGCAGGCCCUAAAGGCAUUGUCAGACUCUCUCUAUUACGAGUUAGAGGGAUACAAUGUGAAUGUGGAAUACAUGGGGGUUGGAGGUGUUUCGUCUGAGGAGGAUGGAGAGAGGCCUUCACUCUUGAAGCCUUCUUCAGAUACGCUUGCAGAUUCGAUUCUCAACACAUUCGGGUCUUCGAAGAUGUCUAUACCAUACUUUCCACAUUUUGUUCUGUAUCUUAUAAUGCUUUGUAUUCCCUCUCCACUUCUGAGUAGAAUAGUUCUUAGAAAAAACAAGCAGGAGAUGAUUGAGAUGAGAAACCGUGAGCUGGAGGGCCAGAAGGCAAAGUAG